AUGGCCAUAUCAUUCACUUGCAUUGUUUUCAUAUUAGUGCCACUUGUAUUUGUUGGCAGCAUCACCACCAAUGCUGGAACUCACAAAUCCAAAUUGUCACCCUUAGAUCAAGAAGCCAAUGCUCUGCUUUCAAUCAGUGAAUUGUGGGGUAUCCAGUAUAUUAAUGUCUCAAACCGUUGCCACUGGCCCGGAAUCAAGUGCAACAAAGCUGGAAGCAUAACAACGCUUUCACCUCCAACUCCAAGGAAUUACAGCUCUGACUUCUUCCCACAACUAUGCAAUAUGCAACUAAAAUUUUUAGUUUUUCCAAAUCUAGUCCGUCUAGAUUUCAGUGAAAUGGGGUUAUGUGAAUUUCCUAAACUAAGGGGUCUCAAGAAGCUACAACAUCUCAACCUAUCAUACAACCGUUUUUCAGGUGAGGCUCCUUUAACAUUAUUGACAAAUCUAACUCAACUUGUGGUGUUGGACAUUUCCAAUAACCAAUACAUUAGUGGUCCAAUUCCACAAGAACUAAGCAAACUAGAGAGACUUGUCACGUUGGACUUGAGUGCCAACGCGCUCAGCGAAGGCAUUCCAUUGAUCUUGGGUCAAAUGAGCAGUCUCACACACAUGAAACUUUCCAAUAAUCUCCUGUAUGGGGAUCUUCCUUUCACACUGGCAAAUCUAACUCAACUUCUUGUGUUGGACCUUUCCCAAAACAAACUUAGUGGCUUCAUUCCUCAUGAAAUAGGGAAAUUAACAAAUUUAUUAACCUUAGACCUGAGUUCAAAUUCCCUGUCUGGUCCAAUUCCUGAGCAAAUUGGGUACUUGAACCGUUUGACAAGUCUCCACCUUCAUUCAAAUUGGCUUAGUGGCUAUAUACCUUCAAAUAUAGGACUUUUGACCCGUUUGGAAGUGCUCACCAUUGGAUCCAACAUGAUAGACGGUUGUAUCCCCAAAGAAAUAGAGCAUUUCUAUAACAAUUUAAGUGGAAGCAUUCCUUCUCAAAUUGGAAACCUUUCAUAUUUAGACCUUCGUUACAAUAACCUUAGUAUCAAAAACACAAAGGGAUUUGAGUCUAUUACAGUGUGCUAUCUGCAUUGCAAUCCCUUUCUUCCUGAUGAAAAUUAUGACUGCGAUGAUCCACAAGAUCAAUUAGAAGACCAUCACAAUAAGCAUUCUGGUCGAUCAUUGGUUUUGGUCAUAAUCGUGGUCUGCAUUACCAUUUCAUUGGGUUCUGUUGGGAUUGGAAUAUGCAUUUUCCAUGCCAGGCAUCAUGGCAAGCUUGAAAAUAAGGCCACAAAAAAUGGAGACUUGUUCUCAAUUUGGAACUAUGAUGGCAAAAUUGCAUUUGAGGACAUCAUUCAAGCCACACAGGACUUUGAUAUCGGAUAUUGCAUUGGAACCGGUGCUUAUGGUAGCGUCUACGAAGCGCGACUUCCAAGUGGCAAAACUGUUGCAUUGAAGAAGCUUCACAAAACAGAAUCAGAAAAUCCAUCCUUUUACAAGAGCUUCUGCAAUGAAGUUGAGGUCUUGACAGAGAUUCGCCACCGCAACAUCAUUAGGCUUUAUGGCUAUUGUUUGCAUAACCGAUGCAUGUUUUUGGUGUACGAAUACUUGGAAAGAGGAAGCUUGUACUGUAACUUGGUCGACGAGAUGGAUGCACAAGAGUUGAAGUGGAGCAAGAGGGUGUCGCUUAUGCUCUUGCUCUUGCUCACAUGCAUCAUCAUCUACGCAACAAUUAUUGGUGAAAGAUGUGUUGGAUCCGCGGAUUCCACUUCCGAAAUCUCGGAAAGAUAUGCAAGAUGUUGUGCAUGUUGUAAAGCUAGCAUUAGCAUGCCUCUCCUCUGA